CCCGUUGUCGGCCAUAUUGGAGUGUGUUUCCCUGGAGCGCGGGCGGUUUGUGGCGGAGCGGCGGGCCCAGGCGGAGCGGCUGGACACGGAUCGGAGCCGGAGCGAAGCGGAAUGAGCUGUGCCGAGGAGAAACGCGUGGCCGGCCGGAGGAAGAAGAAUAAACGGGGAUCGGGCAACAACGGCAGCGCCAGCGCGGUCCCGGGAGAGAGCCGCAGCCCCAGUCCGGCGGAGGGGACACCGAGCCCGGCGCACGGCGAGCAGCCGGAGCCGGGGACCGGGACAGGCCCGGGCGGGGCGAGGGAGCAGGCAUCCCUUACUGUGCACCAGCUGGCAAAGGACUGUUGCUUGUUGUGUCAUCAUGAACGUAAAGACUGGGGGACUCAGCAGAAUGGGAUUGUGGAUCUAAAGAAGCUGGCACAUUCCAUGCCAGCAUUGACACAUGGCCUUCUGGAGCAUAUGCCCCUCUGGAUAUGUCAGACCUGUCAAAGAAGAGUUGAGGAAGAAGAACAACGAGCAAUCCUUGAACAGGCCCUAAUGGUAAAAGUAGGACAAAGUGAAUGUCAGGCACAUAAAGAAAUGACUGAUGAGUCAGUGAGAACACUGAUGGAAGGAGAUGGAGCUUCCAUUCUCCACAGGUUACCAACAGAAAAAUGUCAUCACUCUGCAAUCCACUGCUGCCAUCAAAUGCAUAGACAAACAUUGGCAUCCAGUACUCCUCAUCCACAGCAACUUCAAACGUGUGCAACCACUCCUAAUGGCAUACAUACAAAGGAAUCCAACAGGAUAACUAGUGAUUGUUCAAGAUCGCCCUCCUGUGUCUCAGUAAAAAACAGUUCUGUGCAAUGUAAGAACAUGUCCAGAAGGCCAACACCACCAGGUGGCGAAUUUCACUGCACAGAAGAUCACAGGUAUUCUGUCCUUGCAGCACCUCCCAACAGUCCCACAGGCCUGUCCUCUCAUCAACAUCCUCUUACAGCACCAAAGUCUCCUGAAGUUGCAAAUGAGUCAGCGGUUACUAUUCAACAGCAUGGACACCCAACUUCUACAACCCCAUGUACUGUGCCACACAGCACUGUAACCUCCACAAAUUCAAAUAGGAAACCACCUGUGGCAUCUGGUAUCCCACAAGUUCUGCCUCAUGUACACAAGACCUCUGCAGUUCCCCUGACUAAUAAUCUGUCUCCAGAUGUGCCCUUGAUUUCAAAAAACUCUGUUGCUGCUUCUACAGGUGUGCUUGUGACCCCAGUGCCUCCAAGUGCUAACUCUCAUAUUCCAAACAAUGGGUUAUUCCCAAAGACUACAGCAGCUGCCCCUAUUUGCACCAGCCAUUAUAAUGGAGCUUGCCCAGUAACAACUACACCAAAUCCAGCAGCGUCAGGCAGUGGAAUCUGUAGGGACCAGUCAUGCAAGAGUCGUUUGUGUACAAAUGAAACCGCCUAUAGUCCUACACGGAUGCACAAUGCAGAUGAAAGUUUGGAAGAAGACGAUAGCUGCUCGGAGCACAGCUCAUGUACAUCUCAUUCUGCCAAUCAAAAAGAAGGAAAAUACUGUGAUUGUUGCUAUUGUGAAUUCUUUGGUCAUGGACCGCCUCCUGCAGCUCCUACAAGUAGGAACUACACUGAAAUCCGGGAGAAGCUGAGAACACGGCUGACGAAACGCAAAGAGGAGCUCCCACAAAAAUCGAGCAAUGGGUCGAUCCGGGAACCACCUGUGGACGAAAGGAAUGUUGAAGAUCUGUUAAACUACAUCAACAGCUCAGAACAGAAACCAGCCAACAGCACCAAGGCAGCUAAAAGAGCAAGGCACAAGCAGAAAAAGCAGGAGAAAGCUCGUUCUGAGGUUUAUGAUCAAAGGCCUGAGAAACCGUGCCCAGCUUCAAUGCGUAUUCAAGACUUGGAGAAGGUUUCUGUGAUAAAUCAACAUUUACAAGAGGGUAUAGAAGAGAAGGUCUUGAUAUUCAACCAGCAUGUUCAGGAUGAUAUAGAGGAGAAAGUUUCAAAGCUGAACCAGCAUUUGCAGGAUGACAUAGAAGAAAAACUUAAUCAGCAAGAGCUGUGGCACCAAGUGGAGUUGCAGCGCGUAAGUAGUAUCUUAACCAGCAGGUUGGAACAGCUUAAGGACAGAAUUAGAGAUUCCAUCAAAGCAAACUUCAAUAUAAGUGAUUUGCCCAGAGAUGAUUUUUCAGAGUUACCACCUAUUGGGAAGGGCUUACUGAUAGACAAUAAUGGUACCAUGGACAAAGAAGAAACAAAAAUAAUAGACCACCAGAAACUCAAUUUGAACUUGUCCUUGACAGCAACGCCAGGAAUUGUGCAGAACCAUUUGUUGACUGGAAAUAAACACACGGUUGUUUCAAAUCAAGAUCACAGUGGUCCUAAUAUGCUUGUAUUAGAAAAUUCAUUAGGAAAGAAAUCAAGAGGCAAUACUCCAUUAUCUUCAAAGGUUGAAAACACUUCAACAUCUCGACUGGAGGAUGACGGUGCUGUGGUGCUGCACAAAUCAUCAUCAGAAUUGAAAGUGAUAGACCAAGUAUCAAGAAGUGGAAAGCAACCCAGGCAACCCAAGCAACAGAUUUCAGAGGUGACCAAGAGCAAAUCUGCGCUUUCAAGAAAAGAGCACGAGCACCCUCCAGUUCCAAAAGUACAGAGUUCCAAACAGCCUACUGCCAAACAGAAGACAAACCAGAAUCAUGAUGGCAAGUCAGCAGAUUCUGCAAAGACAAUGAUUGCCAAAUGUGAAGAGCCCCGACAAGGCAAAUGGAAGGGAGUCUGUGUUCUUAGCAACUCCGAAACUGGUGAAGUCAGGAAAUGCAACACUAAAAACUCAAACACCGAAAAGCUGGAAGGCCCUGAAAUUAAGGGAGUUAAAGAGGAGCAGCACACGUUAUCUGAAAUGUCUCAGUCAAAGGGCAAGAACAGGAAAGGCAAAAAGAAGAAACAUGACAAGACCAACAACUCUGUUGUACAGAGAACUGAUGAAUGCACUGAAAAGCAAGAUGGUGUUCAGGCAUCCUCUGGUAUAUCAAGACCUAAACAAAGUGAUGAUGUAUUUCUUCCCAAAGACAUUGACUUAGACAGUGUGGAGAUGGAUGAAACUGACCGUGAGGUGGAACAUUUUAAGAGGUUUUGCCUUGAUUCUGCCAAACAAACAAGGCCAAAGGUCUCUGUAAACUGGUCUAAUUUUAGUCUGAAAAAGGGUCCAAAUACAGCUCAUUGAAGUGGGCACCCAGCUCUUGCCUAACAGAAACUGGAAUUGCCCUGCAGUUAUCAUUCCUUACUGUGAUGGAUAUCAGCCUGCUCUCACAGCUCAAAGCAAUUUGCUGUGAUGUAUGAACAACUUGCUAUGAUGUCUGAACGACUUGCUAUGAAGUCAUCCACAUCCAGUGCCUUAGCCAGAAGAAGUGCACGUUUCUAAGUGGGUGGCAUAAUUGUUUUUUGGGUUUGUUUAUUGUGCUUUACAGUCAUUGUGAGAAAUUUUGUCGAUAGUGUUGACACCAGUGAAGCAAAUUGGAAUUUCAGUAGAAAUCAAAAACAGAAUUGUAAAGUUUGAAAGUUUACUAAAUGUUUUUUUGAGCAGACAAGUCGGAUGAAAUGUGGACUAGGACAGUUGUUUGGCCAUUAAAAUGACAGUAAGGCAGGGCAGUCACAUUUCAUGGUACUUGAGAAUUGUCUCUUGUGCAGUGAACUGUAAAUGGAACUGACUUUUAGGAGAAGAUCUUGCUCUUAAAUCUAAAUAAAAUCAGCCAGCAUAAAAAUCAAAUAAAUAUUUAACAUCUCAGACUUUGCACCGCCUUGAGCAUAGCUUUAAUUAGCUCCUUUGGCAAGAUGCGUAUAGUAAUUGCUGUCCUAAGAAUGUCUCAAGAGAACUGGAGUAAAGGGAACAUUAUCCAUAGUCAUCUCUGGGAAUGCAAUUCAUUGAUAAAGCAAAGACUGGGUAAGAAACAUAACAGUGCUAUUGUGUGUUUUGUCAACUGGGAGGAUAGAUCAUGUGCCUUUUUGAUUGUCCAUUUCUCUUCCCAGUUCUAAUUCUGAGACCUUUGAACGUACGUUUAUAGAAUCGGAAAAAAGUUGAGGUGACUACUUUCAAAACUGACAUCUAGGUUAGUGCAGCCUGUUUUCCUCUAAGUAUGUAAAUAAACUGCAUUUGGAAGCCAUUCAAACAGAGUUAAGGUUAUGGGGAAAUUGAGGUCAUUUGAAAUCUGCUUUGAAAGAAAAUAAUCAGAUUUUUUGUAUGUCUUAAAUUAGCUAGCUAAAUUUUUUGAGAGCAUUAGAUGAAAGCCCAAACAAUGCUAUCCAGAAAAGUGGCUCGAGGCUAAUAGCACAGCAAUUAAUUGUAUGCAGGCAACUGCAUUGGUGCUUAUUUUAAACACUACCAGGUAGUGGUAAUCUGCCCAUUAUAGGAGGUGCUGUGUUGCAAUGGAAGCCUUACUUCAGCAUUUUUGAUCCUGUUAAAAGCUUUCUCUCUUCUCAAUGACAACAUUAAACUCAGAAGUACACAGUCCCCUAUCUUCACAAUAACCUUUUUUUAAAGCAGUUUUGGCACCAAACCAAUAUUGUCAGUCUCAUUGAAGCACAAAUUUCAGGCCAUACAGUCUGUGACAUAGAGUUCCAGUGCUGAUGUCACAAAACAUGGCUACGAUCUGAAAAUCUGGUGUUGCCUUUUAUAUUGGUUGGAAAUGAAGAAUAAAUAUGGAACUGCAAACUCUUUAAAAUGAAAAGUUAGAUUCAUAUUUUGGUUAUAGUGUGAGUGGUAGAGCUUGAUCACUAAACAAUUGUUCUCCUUUGCUGACCCCAUACAGCAAAUUAACUACACAAAGAUCAGGCUCUUUGAUCAUUAGCCCAAUAAUAUUGUAUUCAGCCUAAUUGAGCACAUUAAAUCUGAUCUCCUUGUUUACUAAUGCUGCAAUUAAAUUGAUUCUUUCUCCUUUUCUUUUGAUAAUUAAUUUCUAUUCCUUGAAUUGCUGCGACAUCCCAGCCAAGAAUAAGAUCAUAAUUGCCAGAAAGAAAGAAAAUGAUUUGGCCAUGUGGUAUCUUCAUGGCGAGUAAGUAUUAACUGCUGAACUGACGGUGAUAACCAGCUGGUUGGUAUCUUCUAUAAGUCAUGGAGUAGACCGCAUUUUGCAGUAUAUUAUACUGUAAGUUAAAGACUUCCUACUGCGCCACCAUAUUGGAGUGUGUAGUGGUGACAAUAUAUGAAACUGUAGUGGCCGACCCACUUUCAUAUCAUGGUCAAUUUCAAGCUUGGAUGCUAAUUGAUCAUUUAUGAUAAACUUUAUAUAUGUGUUUAGAACCACAUUGUAAAUAUCCUGUGUAUAGUGGUGUCGGUGCAGACGAUGUUAAUCACAUCUGCACAUUACAGAAUGACAAAAAAAUCUUUAUAUUCAAGUGUUUUUAUCUACAAUAACUCUUAGUACAGUAAAUUGGCUAUAAUCGUUGUAAAGUUCAUUUUAUGUGAAGAUUAAAUAAAGUCCUCACCAAUGUGAUGGAAACUGAAAGAAUUUUUCUGUUGUGUAUUAGUGACUGUAGCUGGAUUUGCAGUGUAGUAUAUGAUUCAUGUUGCAUCCUUUACUUUUCAUUGUUGUAAGGAGGUUAUUCUUGUUGCAUCUCUGAGAUAUGUGAGCCAACAAAGCAGCAGUCCAUUCCCAUGAAGUGGCAUUAUAUAUUGUAGUAUUUGCUUUAUUUGUUUCAUUUUGUUUAUAAAAUCAGCUUGGCAUGUGUCAUGUUUUUACUUGUCCUGUUUAUACUAUCUUUAAUUUUUUUUUAUUUUGGAAGAAGAAAAUACUUGUUCUGUUUGUAAUGGAUGCUGCAAUGAUAUGAAUUUUGCCUGAAUCUCGUGACCAUCUCCACAACUCUCAGCAAGAUUUAGAUUGGAAUACAUUUCACACCGUAUGUUGGACUAAGCCCUCUGGAAGAAAUGUUUUUAUUUGAAAUAGGAAUAUAAUUUCAGAACAAUUGUAGGACAAAGUAAAUUAUGGUAUGAAAAUUCAUUGUGUUGUAUGCUUCUCCUCAUGCCUGCAGCAGAUCCCAGAAAUGUUUGGGGAAGCGAUGCCCGUCCACUGAAAUAGUUUUAUGUAUACAUCACAAUGUUAAAGCAAUGUGUUUGAAGUAGCCCCUUGCAGUUUCCAAAAUGUGAAAUCUUAUCAAUUUAUAAUCUUGCAAUUGGUUGUUUAAUUUGUAUUUGUUAGGUUUUUGUUCCAUUAUAUGUAUCUUUAUUUUGUAUUGUAACAAGAGCAUUUUUUAUCUACUUCAAACCAAAAAUUGUUAGUUUUAUAUGAUUUCCUGGCAUCAGCCAGCCUGAACUAAAACAUACUGGUAUAAGCCAAUGCUCUGACUGUUAAUUCUGAAAAGAAUGUAGGUUUCUAUUAUGCCAGCCGAGACUUUUUGAUAUCCUUUUUUAAAUUAUGU